AUCCUAGCCACCUGAUGUCUCAGUCCAAGCUGAUUACAGUGAUUGAUAAUGACAAAACAUCUAUACACAUCUACAAAUAGCCUCAGCCCCUGCAUUGUAAUGACAGCACGGGAUUUAAUUUCCAAUCCAUACGACAACCCUGUGUCGUGGCCACGAUUCCCAGGCAUUCCGUGUGUAUCAUGGGUAAUACAGUAAGCAUGGCGAGAUAUGAGUUAUGAUCCAGGUAUCUCUAUUGCAUGUUGUCGAUUGGCUUGGCAAAGGUUUGGACUCAAACAAGGCAGUCAGUGAAGCGAUGUAGCACUGAUCCCUUGCUGACGACGGCCUCAGUCAGGGUGUUUCCAUGUAGAGACUGAAGGACGAAGGACGAGGGGAAUAUACGAGAGUGACACAAGUCCCCACCAAGAUGGAGGAAUCUGAGAAGAGGGUUCUUGGCCAGUACCGACAUCGUCUUGCUAAUGAAAUAGUUGUCACUGAGAGUUUUCUGUGUGCGUUCUGUGAGAGCAAUGUACUGGACAAGGAGAUGUCCGCUGUAGUUCAGAAUGAGCUGAGUUACGUGAGCAAGGCCCACCGCCUGCUGGAGCUGCUGCCCAAGAGAGGCUACAAGGCCUUCACCACCCUGCUGGAGAUCCUGUCCAUAACCAACCCCUGGCUGGCAGAGAAGAUGAAGACUAGCUACAUCGAGGAGAAGAACAGAGAAGCUAAACUCAAGAUUACAUCAUCCAUCACAGCUUCAGGUGCAAUAUUUGGAGUGCCCUCUCAAAAAGAGCCAAUCACCGGGUAUGGAUCCACCAGUCGAAAACAGCUGGAUGAUGACAUCAAGAAGAAGGUGACCAUCUUUAUCAAACGCAACCUCUUCCACCUCACUGAGACAGAGCAGAAGGAGACAGAAAAGUGGCUGGCUGAGGAAAUCCAGAGGGAACGCACUCGGCAACAAAAUAAGCGGUUGAUGUCAGAUGAUGCUGUACGAAUCCCAACCCCGGUAUUCCAGUCCUCCAAAGAAGUCCAAACAGACACGAAUGCUAUGGAUAUUCAGGAGCUGUAUGAGGACAUGGCUAUACACAUGUAUGGCACAGACUUUGACUUUGAGGUGGAUGUGAGUUUCCGAGUAAUCAAGGAGCAGGUGAAGGAGAUUCUGGACAGGAUGAACUGCCUAGAUCGGGUGAUGAUGCAGUGUCUGGAGAAGUUUGAAGAUGUGGACCGUAUGAGUAUGACUCUCCCACAACUGGUGGAAAGGUCAACCAUAAGUGAGAGAGAUCUCAACUACAAGCUGUCAGAGGAGAAACGGCGCAACCAACGUCUUCAGCUAGAGAAAGAUUAUCUGGUCAAGCAUAUUGCUCAGCUUGAGUCAGAUGUUGACAGACUCUAUGACAAACACAAUGCAAUGUUUGUCCGCCCACAGAAAGCAUUUGUAAAAAAGAAACAUGAGGUGAGCCAGAAAAAAACCCGGCCGAAAUCUGAUCGCAUUCCUGACCACUAUGUCACUAUCAUUGAUGACAGUGACAAAGAUGAGGACAGUUCCCGUGACAUCAGCCCAGUGGCACCUCGACGCCCGCGACACACACGGUCAUCCCCACCCAAAUCUGCAGCGCGGUCACGACGAGUCCACAGUAACCAGAGCAGCAGUAUGAAAGUAAAAAGUGCAAACUUUGAUACAAUAAAGUUUGAACCUUCAACACCCUCAACAAAAAGGAAGCCCAUUCCAAGCAGAAACUACCAGAUACUUUCACAAUGCUAUAGUUGACAAUCAUAGAUUAAUAGGCUUUCAGGGAUAAUCAUCAAUACUUCACAGUCUUGUUUAUAGAGAUUAAUAUACAAGUGUCUGUCAGAUACCAUUUGUUUUAUAAGUUGUUUCAAAACGUAUCUUAAAAUUUCAGCAUUGAAUUGAUGCAUAUUUUGUCUUUUCUCAAGAUUGCAGUGGCACAUUAAUACAUAGCAUACUGGUCAUGUGUGGAGUUACCUACUAGCAGGGAUAAUUCCAGGGUGGGGCCUUGUGCUUUUUACAUUUGAAAAAAGUCCCACAUUCUCAAAUAAAAUGGGUCAUUUUAACAUUGUGCUGUAUGGGCAAGUGUGGGUGUACCUCUGGACUAUUUAAAAUGUUCAAAUGGGCCCAGGUCAGUGAACCCUGUACUAGUGAUGUCUGUAUGUGUUGGCAUGCUUAGAAAUCUAUGCUGGUCCGCCAGCCUGAGACUACUAAAUUGUGCUGCCUCAGGACAAGUAAAAAUCCAUUGAUAGUAGUCUUCACUGACUUUGGUCUGCUAGCCUAGUAACUGGUGCUGAUCUGAGGACAAGUAAACAUCCAGUGAAGGUAGUCCUCAAUGACAAGUAGCAUUUGUGGGCUAUAAUUUGAACCAGUUCUCAAUGCCUUAAUUUUGAAACAAAGUGGAACAGAAUAUAACUGACAGUACUAGUGAAAUAAGGUUUAUACAAGUCUUCUGGAAUAGUCUUAAAGAAAACACAUUUCCGAGGCUGUGUUGGUUACCAGUGAUUUUCAUGUUGGUUUCCAGUGAUACCUGUAUAUUCCAAAUGUGGAUAUAUAUAUUGAGCCAAGUUUGGCCUUUAUGACUCACUGAUGCCAUAACGAGAGGAGACAAGUAGAUGUAACCUUCAGCAUGUACAUGUUAAUUUGCACUCAACAUUGCUUCAUUUCCUCAGAGAUCUGUAUUGUACAUUCAAAAUAGUGUGUGAUAAACAUGCUUUGCUUGAUUGCAGUCAACAUUCUCUGGUGGAAAAAACUUUGAAGUAACAAAUAUAUGCAGAUUAUCUUGGAAAGGGUACAAAAUAAUUUGCAUCAAUUUGAACAAGUAUUACUUUUGGUGAGAAAGAAUUAUUUUUAGUGAGAAAAUGUAUAUGUAAAUGAAAAGUCUUGCAGAAUUGAUAGUGUAAAGGUAUGUAACAAAUAUUUUCAUUCAUCUCCAUUAGUUUAUGCAUGUUAAAUAGGAAGCCAUGGUUUGUUUGCCCACAUCCGACAAAUCAUCAUUUACUUGUAAAAACAUCAUAUUUCUAACCAACUGUUAAACAGUAAAAUAUGUUUAUAACGAACACGCUGAUAACGAACAGACGGAUAUAACAAACUACUAUUUUGGUUCAAGCCAUCUGCUGUAAAUGUGCUGUAUAUAUAUAUAUACUUAUAACGAACUACGGUUAUAAUGAACUAAAAUUAGAGGUCCCUUUGAAUUCAUUUUAACCGUAGUUUACUGUACAUCAUUAUUCUGAAUUCAUGUUUAAUAUUCCAUGAAUCAUAGUCAAAAUGUUUUGUUUUGCUAUUUGACACUUUUCCUAUUACCAUGAGUAUACAGUCCACCAAAUGCAGCAUGGGAUAGUAUCACUUCUCAUCCCAUGAUGCAACACUGUGACAAGGAUAUGACAGUCUGCUACUAGUCAUGGGCUUCAUUAUCAGUGUUGUCUCCUUUCAAUACUAACCUGCAGGUAACACCAGGUCAUCGCCUUAAUUUCCUCACAAAGAAACGUAACAGUUAG